AUGGCGCGAGUGUCCGGACUACCGUCUUUUGAAUUGUCUACAAGGCGGCGUUUUUCUCUAUUCUUUCAUCUCUCGCCACCGAUUCCUCCUGUCCCCACACCAUCCAUUUGCACUUUCUUCCUUUCGUUCUUAUUUUCUUUCUUUCUUUCUUUCUUUCUUUCUUUCUUUCUUUCUUUCUUUCUUUCUUUGCGCUCUUUGCGCUUUACUCUUUUCUUAGUUUGGCACUUUCUUUCUUUCGUUCUUAUUUUCUCUUUCCCAUCUUUCUUUCUUUCCUACUUUCUUUCUUUGUCCGUCUUUGUUUGUUUGUUUGUUUCUUUCUUUUUGCUCCAUUUUAAUUUUUUUGCUUGUGCCCAAUUUCUUUCGUUUUUUGUCUUUUUCUUUCUUUGCUACUCUUCUUUCUUUUCCCCCUUUCUCCUUCUGUUUUAUUUAUUUUGUUCUGUCUCUUUCUUUCUUUCUUUCUUUCUUUCUUUCUUUCUUUCUUUCUUUCUUUCUUUUCAUUCAUUGUUUCUUUCUUUUUUUGCACCUUUUCUCCUUUUUUUCUUUUGCACCUUUUCUCCUUUCUUUUUUCUUUUCAUUUCUUUCUUUCUUUUUCACUUUUCAUUCUUUCUUUCUUUCUUUGCACCUUUACUCCAUUGA